AUGCUCAUCAUAUCCUCGCACUCACAUCCGUGCGGUGCCGCUGCACAGGCCUCGGCAUUGACCAAGUCGUGCAACUGCAAUUCUUCCGUCGCGACGCGAGUCGGAUUCUCCAUCAUCUUUCUCCUCAAUUCGCUGCUUGCAUGGUUGAUGCUGUCGGACUGGGCCAUAAGAGCGAUUGCCAAAUGGAGUUACGAUUACAUCAAGAUGAGCUGUGCCGAAGGACGCUGCUAUGGUGUGCUUGCUGUCAGUUCAAGCCUCCUCUUGUUGUAGUCCUGCUUUCUCUGUGCUAGCUGACAAGGGUCUCCUUCCAGGUCCACCGCAUCAAUUUUGCCUUGGCGUUGUUCCAUACAAUCCUUGCGCUGCUUCUGAUUGGGGUUCAUGACACGCGCACUCGCCGUGCGUCGAUUCAAAACGGGUGAGUACGGAUGGCCCGUCAAAGGUCAAGAAGUUCUUGAACUCAGUCUUAUAUCUUGCAGCUGGUGGGGCCCUAAAGUUGCGGCUUGGAUCGUCCUCGUCGUUAUUUCCUUCUUCAUCCCGAACGGCUUCUUCAUGUUCUAUGGCGAUUGUCAGUCAUUCCCAGGCCCAGUGUGCACUGGCCGCGUGAUUCAAGAGAUGUGCUAAUGAUGUGGCACACUCAGACAUUUCUCUUGUUGGCGCUACCGUUUUCAUUCUCAUUGGUCUUGUGCUUUUGGUCGACUUUGCGCACUCCUGGUCCGAAACCUGCCUCGAGCGAUGGGAAUCAACGGACUCGCCUUUUUGGAAAUGGACGCUCAUCGCAUCAACCUUGGGUCUCUACGUCGUCGCGCUGGUCCUGACGAUCAUCCAAUACGCCUUCUUCGCGGGCCAAGGAUGUGGUCUCAACCAAUUCCUGAUCACGCUCAAUCUGUUGGUCUCGUUGGCCGUAUCAGGGCUAAGCAUCGCACCCGCCAUUCAAGAAGCGAAUCCGAGAUCGGGAUUGGCUCAAUCAGGCAUGGUCGUAGCGUACACGGCCUACCUGGUCACCUCGGCGAUUGCAAACCACGACGAUGAUUCAACCGAAGGACAGUGCAAUCCGCUGACAUCCAGAGCCGCCGGCGCUCGGACAGGGAUGGUGGUCCUUGGUGCAAUCUUCACCUUUCUUGCUAUUGCCUAUUCCACAAGUCGUGCCGCGACCCAAUCAAAGGCGCUUGUUGGGAAAGGGGCCAAGAGGAAUGUUUCGGAGGGUAGCUAUGGCGCUCUAAGUUCGGAGGACGGGGAGUUGGCGACUGUGGUCUCAAACCAACCGAACAGGAAGGAGUCGCUGAGAUACCAAGCACUUCAAGCUGCUGUGGCUGAAGGGUAAGUCACUGCACAUAAUUUUUCGCGCAACGGCAGGGGUUGAUCUGCAUCCACACAUUGUUUCAAAGGUCCCUCCCUGCAUCCGUGCUAGAAGAGGAUGAUGAAGAUGAGGAUGCCCUGGCCACAGACGAACUUGAUGAUGAGAAGGCGGGCACAAGAUACAACUAUGUGUGGUUCCAUGUCAUCUUCAUCAUGGCCACCAUGUAUGUUGCUAUGCUCUUGACAAAUUGGUAAGUUGGAACGGGAGGCAGGUGAUUUCGCAUGCAAAAUCUAACGCUUUCUGGCUGCUCCGAUGUUGGUCCGCUCUAGGAACGUCGUCACUGCCGCGUCAUUCAUCCCAGAUCAGGGUGGAGAUGCUACCCCCGUGAAGAUUGGUCGAUCAGGUAGAGCAAUGUGGUGUCGGAUCGUGUCUUCAUGGGUGUGUACCGUGCUGUACGCAUGGAGCUUGCUAGCUCCGGUCAUGAUGCCCGACAGAUUUGGAGAAUAA